AUGCCAUUUCCGAUUGAAGUUUGCAAGGGAGCUGGUAGUGGUGCCCCCAGCGAAGGCAUUCUGCAUACUCUGCGUGAUAUGGUAGAACGCGCUGAUUCUCGUGGAGCUUUCUAUAUUCAACCAACGUGGUGCAUUAAUGGGAUCCCAAUCUCUCAGUAUCCCAGUCCAGAUUCCCGCCAACAGGCCAAGGCAACGUCGCCACGACCAAGGAAGGCUAUGUUUGAGGAACAUCUUCGGGGACUACGAAGCUCCGAUCUCCGAGAAAUCAUCAUGAAUUGUUGCCUGAAGAGUCUCAACACGCACAAGGACGUUAUCGACAUACUCAAACGCAUGCAAACGAAGAAACCGAGACCGAUCUGUCUCGGCGAACGCGUCCAGAAUCCGACAGCGGGGUUGUAUCUGUACUGUCGAACCCAUCGGGAACUGAUAGAUAUUAUCAUCGAGUUGGCAAGAUACGAUGAGACUGGGUGCUUCGAAAGGGAUGUUAGGGAUCUGGCGAGGGUAAUACAAGAGAAAGACGCGAGUGCGGAAUGA